UCGUGGCGUCAUGCUUACGUGUCUGACGUAUCGCCCCGCCCCUUGGCUGUGGAAGCAUUGUUCGAGGCGUUGGAAACGGGCGGCUACAGGCAGGAUGUUGCGUCUUCGCUGUAAGACCAAAAACGGUACUCACGUGAUGCAAGGAUUGACUCACCAAUCAUGUGUGCAAGAGUUAAAAAGCAAAGUGGAGGAGCUGACCGGCAUCCCCUGUGAGGUGCAGAAAAUCAUGGUGGGCUACCCACCUUCCAGCCUGGACCUGCGCAACGGGGACGCUCACCUCAAGGACUACCCCAUCAAGUCUGGCGACACGCUGAUUGUGGAGGAGGAGAAAAACAAGCCCAAGCUGGGAGCCCAUCCCGUCGUGACCAAAACGCCUUGCCUGAACGCCUUGCCGGCGCUGGCGCGCAGAGUGGUGCCGGCCGACAACUCCUGCCUGUUCACCAGCGUCAGCUACGUGGUGGAGGGCGGCGUGUACGACCCGACGUGCGCUCCCGACAUGCGCGGCCUCAUCGCCCAGAUCGUGUCGAGCGACCCGGCGGCGUACUCUGAGGCCGUUCUGGGCAAGAGCAACGAGGACUACUGUGUGUGGAUCCGGCGCGGCGACACGUGGGGGGGCGCCAUCGAGGUGUCCAUCCUGUCCAAGUUCUACCAGUGCGAAAUUUGCGUGGUGGAUACGCAGACAGUGCGCGUGGAUCGCUUUGGCGAGGACGCCGGCUACCGCAAGCGCGUGCUGCUCAUCUACGACGGCAUCCAUUACGACCCGCUGCAGAGGGAGGCGGCGGGCUCGCCCCCUCAGACCGUCUUCUCCACCGGCGACGACGUCAUCCUGGCGCAGGCCCUGGAGCUGGCCGACGAGGCCCGCCGCAAGCGGCAGUUCACGGACGUCAACCGCUUUGCGCUGCGCUGCAUGGUGUGCCAGACGGGCCUGGUGGGACAGAGGGAGGCACGCGAGCACGCCAAGGAGACGGGCCACACCAAUUUUGGCGAGAUCUAAAACGUUGACUUGCUUUGGUUGUUUGUGCUACCCCUCCACAUCUGCGGCCGUCUACCUCGGUGUGUUUCCCCACCCUUAGGCACGUAUUUUAAAUCUCAUGGCACGCCCCCAAAAUGGAAGUAGUCGUGCUUUGGAAAAUCAACCAACUGCCAUUCCCCACCAAUAUUGCAGUUGCCCUUCCUUUAAUAUGCAAUUAUUUUCUAGGUCAAAAUUGAUGAGACGUAAAUGUUUUCAUGAUAUGCUAAGUGAACCAUAAAGUAAUAAUAAGUAAGUCAAAUAUACUCAUGAUAUAUUUCAAUUUGAGAUAUUUACUUGAUCAACACUAAGUGACAGUGUUUUAAGCCUUUACUGACACAUUGACCAAACUCUGUGGCAUCAAAUCAAACAAGUCCAAUUACAACAGCAGAUCUGGCUUCAUCACACCAAAUGUUCUCAUUUCAUUCAAAAAAAAUAAUGAAAUGAGAAGCACAUAUAGGCACUUGUGUAUAAAUAUCUAUAUUUUACAUAUAACUUUUACCUGUGUCCAGAAGCCGAGCGACCAAAAUGAAACGGGUCUAUUUCCUCCCAUAAUUGCAGCCUUUGCGAUUUAUUUUAUACAUUGCAAUGUCAAAUUAGAUAAAUGCUAGGUAAAUGAUUAAUGCUCAGCCCCAAUAUUAUUUGUAGGAAAAAAAUCAUUUUCAAACCAAUGAAGUGAAAUUGCCACGCCACAGCGUUUGGGAAUCACUGGUCUACCUCACGUCAUUCACAGACAACCACAGCUCAGCGUUCUACUUUUAACUGCUAAUGGCAUUUUUUUUUUUUUCCACCAGGCUAGUUAUGACCGGUCAACAUUCAUUUCUCACCAUUUCAGAAUACAGCUCACCGAGUCUGUUUAAUAUUUGCCUUCCACAUUGCUGCCGUCGGUCGAUUGGAAACCUCAUAUAUCCAAAACAAACAUUUCUCAGCAAGCUAAAAAAAAAAAAAAAGCGUGUUUGGUGAAUCAGCAAGCACUUAGACACACUCAGCAAUUUGUAAAAGUAACAGAACCAUGGGAAUUGACGUCAUUGGUGACCCUUCAAAAAAAAUCUGGACCCGACCAAAUUUGGAUAUUGAAGGUUCUGCCCGAGGCCAGCAAUGUCAAUCAGGAUUUUCUUUUCAUGUGGAAAAAAUAUUGUUUUCUUUUCAAAUGUAACCUCCCUUAACAUAAAGCGUUUACAUCUCUGAUCAGGUCAGAGUUUAUCAUGUGGAAAGCUAAUGUGGGUUACGUGUACCCUGCUUAACGAUUUACAUUUUUGAUAAAUGUGAAGAUUGACUUUGCUUUAAUCACAAUCAAGCUUCGUGUGUUUGCAAUUCCAGUGAGGAAAAUGGUUCUCAUUUUUUCUUUUUGGUUUCUUCUUCAGUUGUGCUUUGCAGGGCAAAAUGACCAUUUGUCAUCACACAUAAAAAUGCAAGAAACAAUAGCUUGAGAUGAAAACAAAAAUACACUGAGCUGAAGAGUUGUGCGAUUUACUGACCUUAAUGCACCAUGAUGGUUUUACUUUGGAGGCUUUUUAAAGGGACACUCAACCCUAGUAAUAUGUUGUAUGUGCCCCAGUAGUCUAAACACAUUCUGAUUAAUAUUGGAGUGGUGGAAUCUUGAGUUGAGGAGCAAAAUGUACCUGUCAUCUAUUUUGUGGCAGAAUGGCAGCCCCCUGAGAUGGAUGAAAACAGGUAGAUUUUGCCAUUCAUUCAUAUUCCACAAACAAAACUAACCAGAACAAUGUUGGGCUGCACAGAACAUAUUUAUGACAAAGAAAAUUUGACUUUCCCUUUAAAAUUUAAAGUGUGAUUUUUCUGAGAAGGUUGAACUCCUAAUUGUUCAACAUAGUUAGACUGCUGAUUUUUGGUUUUUCUGAGGUUGUGGAGCUUAAGUUAACUAGUUUUGUUUUAUUUGCGUGUUGAUUUCAUUUCAAGGAGAUGGUAACUAAUGGUCCUGCAACGCGAACAAAAUGAUGAGUUUUGUUGUGAAUUUGAACAUGUUGACAGGAGAACGUUGCUCGGUAGCAAACUGUUGCCAAAAAGUCGCGGCAGGUUUUUAUUUUCUUUUAAUGUGAACUGCAAUGAUAUAUUGUCAUUUUUCACAAGUUCUCAUCACCACUUUUCCAUGAAUGUUGCACACCGAACAUUACAUAACUGGAUUUACUUGACUUUUUUUCUGCAGUGAUGAGUCACAAUUAAAAGCUACAACAAGCUGU